CUUGAAGGCGCGUGUUAGCGUUAGGAUUUUGAAGUGCUGUUGAGGUUAGGGCUGUGUGAUCGUCACUGGCGUUCUCCAGAGUACCCACCGAUCGCAAAGUCAUGAAGUUUGCAGUAGUCGAAUUCACAGAGGAAAACACAAUAGCUGUUGUUCCCUGCUCAUGGGUGAUGGGGAGGAAGUGCUUUUGGCCCCCUGGCCCCAGCAACAAAGUCCAGUUAGUACAAAAAGCUGUGAAGCCAUCGAAGGGGUGGCAUAUGUACGAUAUCAUCAUUAAAGCAACGUUCAGCAAUUAUCAUAACGCUCGCCGUGCAUUGCCUCGUUUGGAGUACAAGUCUGACGUGGAGAGUGACACAAUGGAAAAGCGUAAGGUGACAAAGCCAACUAGGUUUGAAGCAGGAGAUGUCGUAGUGCCACCCAGCCCUCCAAGCACUUUCCCUGGGCCAUCUUCAGCUACUUACCAGGGACCGGCAGUAGUGGAGUGUGGUGAAGAUAACCCUGAGCAGGAUGAUGUUGAUGAAGUGGAGGCAUCUGCUGUGCAGUGCACUCGGCGUCUGUCGCUACUUUUUCUUCUCACAGGCCGCUCGCAACUCGCGGACCACUGGCAAUCGAAAGCGCAGUGUUUGUGCAACCAUGCAGUCAAGUGUCAAGAAGACCUGCCACUCCAGUAGAUCUUGAAGCAGUGUUUGUGCAACCAUGCAGUCAGGUGUCAAGAAGACCUGCCACUCCAGUAGAUCUUGAAGCAGUGUUCGUGCAACCAUGCAGUCAGGUGUCAAGAAGACCUGCCACUCCAGUAGAUUUUGAAGCAGCCGAGCCUAAUUUUCAAACUGGAGCAAGGAGCGACCAGCCACAUAAAAGAAAGUUGAUGCGUCAAGAAG